CCCUAGAGACCAUAACAUGCCAAAAAAAAGAAAAAUUCCAACGAUCCAAUUUCAAAAUUUGAACUUGGCGCUCUCUUCAUUUUACCACGUCGCCGAUUCCUUUCCCUCUCCAACCUCUCACCAUUUCCUCUCUGCACAAACAAAAACAUGGGAGCCAAUCACAGCCACGAAGAUCUCCUCUCAGAUUGUGAAACAGAAUACCAAGAAGAAGAAACCGAAGAAGAAGAAAGCUACGAAACUCCAGAGAAAUCCUCCUCUGAACGCAGAACCAAAACGCCGUCGUCUUUCGACGAAGUGGAGGCGAAGCUUAAAGCCCUCAAGUUGAAAUACCCGUCGUCUACAGAAAGUCCGCAAACCCAGAACCCCAAUUUGAAAAAUGCAGUCAAACUCUACCUCCAUAUUGGAGGCAACACUCCAAAAGCCAAAUGGGUCCUUUCAGAGAAACUCACUUCUUAUUCCUUCAUUAAAACCUCCAAAAUCAACUGCCACGAUCAAGAUUCUGGUUCUGAAUCUGAAUCUGAAGAGGAAGGUCUUUGGGUUUUGAAGGUUAGUAAUAAAAUUAGGGUCAAAGUAAGUGUUGAAAUGCAACUAAAGACUUUUAAAGACCAGCGUCGUGUUGAUUUUGUUGCCAACGGUGUUUGGGCUAUGAAAUUCUUCAAUGAUGAGGACUAUGGUACUUUUGUUACUAAGUAUGAAGAUUAUUCGUUUGAGAAUACCCAUGGGUUUGAGAAUAAUGAAGCUAAUAAGGUUAAAGUUUAUGGGAAAGAUUUUAUUGGAUGGGCUAAUCCUAAAAAGGCUGAUGACUCUAUGUGGGAAGAUGCUGAAGAUAGUUUCUUGAAAAGUCCCGGAUCGGUUACUCCAGUUAGGGGUAAUCAAGAUUUAAGAGAGGAGUUUGAGGAGGCCGCCAAUGGGGGAAUACAGAGUUUAGCAUUGGGUGCAUUGGAUUAUAGUUUUUUGGUCGGUGAUUCAGGUAUUCAAGUGGUUAAGAAUUUUAGCCAUGGUAUUCAUGGAAAAGGCGUUUACGUCAAUUUUGGCGACAGUGAGGAUCGAAGGAGUGGUUCAAGUUUGGUUCAUUCGACUCCUAAGAAGGCACUGCUUAUGCGUGCCGAGACUAAUAUGUUACUUAUGAGUCCAAUUAAUGAGGCAAAACCACAUUCUACUGGGUUGCAUCAGCUUGAUAUUGAAACUGGAAAGAUUGUUACGCAAUGGAAGUUUGAGAAGGAUGGAACUGAUAUUACUAUGAGAGAUAUUGUUAAUGAUAGUAAGGGAGCCCAGUUGGAUCCAUCAGGGUCGACAUUUUUGGGAUUGGAUGAUAAUAGACUUUGUAGGUGGGAUAUGCGAGAUCGGAAUGGGAUUGUUCAGGAUCUUUCUACUGCAAGUGCUCCUGUUUUGAAUUGGACGCAAGGGCAUCAGUUCUCGAGAGGAACGAAUUUUCAAUGUUUUGCAAGUACUGGAGAUGGAUCAAUUGUUGUUGGGUCUCUUGAUGGGAAGAUUAGAUUGUAUUCAAGCAACUCUAUGAGGCAGGCAAAAACAGCGUUUCCUGGCCUGGGAUCACCUAUUACUCAUGUUGAUGUUACCUUUGAUGGAAAGUGGAUAUUAGGCACUACUGAUACUUACUUGAUCCUCAUCUGUACUCUGUUUACUGACAAGGAUGGUAAGACAAAGACAGGUUUUAGUGGUCGUAUGGGAAAUAAGAUUGCGGCGCCCAGAUUAUUGAAGCUGAAUCCCUUGGAUUCAUAUGCAGCAGGUGUUAAUAAUAAGUUCCGUAAUGCUCAAUUCUCAUGGGUAACAGAGAAUGGAAAGCAGGAGCGCCAUUUGGUUGCAACAGUGGGCAAGUUCAGUGUGAUAUGGAAUUUCCAGCAGGUGAAAAAUGGCUCGCACGAGUGCUACCGGAAUCAAGAGGGUCUGAAGAGUUGUUACUGCUAUAAGAUUGUUCCUAAGGAUGACUCAAUUGUUGAUAGUCGUUUCAUGCAUGACAAGUUUGCAGUCACUGAUUCUCCUGAGGCUCCACUGGUAAUUGCAACCCCUAUGAAAGUCAGCUCCUUUAGCAUAUCCAGCAAGCGAUGACAAGCUGCAAAGAUGCCCUUUACUUGACCACUUCUCAGUGUCAGUAGAGUGGGGCUUCAAAUGAUGUGUCUUAAUACUUCUGAACUGUAUUUUAGAUUGUUGUCUGACUAAGAGAAGCUUGAAUUCUCUUUAGAGAAGAAUGAUGUGUAAUACAGUUGUAUUAGUUUUUUUUUUUAUGCCCAUUGCUGGUUAUUUGGCGACUGCAAUAUUAUUGUUGUAUUACUUCUCAACUGCUGCUACCCAUGGUAUGUUAAGAGGUACCAUGUGGUUUGUUCUUUCCUUAUUAUUGUUUCUCUUCCAUAUAUGUUUCAUUUCAUGUACCUCUCAAUUUCA